AUGACCAAUAACCGCUCAUUUACCCUUACUAUUAUCCGUCGAGCUGCCCUUAUGCGCCAACAACUUUUUCGCGGGGAAGCGGGGAAGGAUAAGCUCACCGGCUGCUUACUGCGUUCUAAGAUUUCCUCUUAUGCAUCUUGGAGACCUGCAUAA